UUUGUUCUUGUUCUCUCAUCAUGGUGGCAUAGGUGGCAGGUAGUUUGUUGUGAAUGGUGAAAGCCGCGAAAACAUCGUGCCGUUGUGCGAACUUUUUUUUUUUUUCAUUCUCUAAGCUGCUGCGUUCAAUAUGCACAGAUGUUUGCGCUACCAGAGCCUCAUCGAUGUAAAGUGACACUCGUCGUACCGUAGUGUUUGGUGGCUAAAACUCCCGAUCUCUGCAAAACAACUCAUUCUGCAUCAGUGCCAGCAAAACGGAGAAUUGCAAAAAACAUGUCAGACGACGACAAGCCCGAGCUUAUGUACCCUGCCUUUCCUGUGGAAGACACUGGGGAAGAAUACGACUUGGACCUCCCUCCCACAACAGCAAAUGAAUACUUGAGAAGGGUCCAAUUAGAAGCCAGCAAUUGCCCCGAUGUUGUUGUGGCAGACUUGGACACUAGCCAGUUUCUGGCCAAGCAAACUGUAUCUUUCAGUAACUCUAAUGAUUGUCCACCACCCCCAGAGGGUUUUGCGCCUUCACGUGAAUGGCAGAGGAAACAGGUCUACAACUUCCACAUUGCUAGAGAGAAAAUCAUCAAACAAAAGGCCCUUUUGAAAAGGAGUAAGGAAAGGUGUUCUGUGAAGCUGCCCAGAUUUGAAGAGAGGGACCGAUGGAAGGCAGUCUUUUGCGGCUCUGCUGCACCAAGCAUUCAUCCUCUUGUCAGCAUUGUCACUACCAUCCCACAGCAAUCAAUAGAAGCAGUAAUCAGCUACAGUGCACGAUGGAUUGAAGAGGAAGGGUUCUGUGCUAGUAUGGGAAAGUGGCUGUAUGCCCUGCUCGCUUGUGUGGAGAAGCCACUGCACCCAGAUAUGUGCUCCAACAUCCGUGCCUUGGCACGUGCUUGUGCAUCAGCAAGGAGGAAAUUGCAAAGAUGUCAUAGGCGCACUGCAGGAGAACCCUAUACAGCCGCACACCGGAAAUAACUGCCAUAACCCACGCCAUAGACAUCCAAAGAUGACCCCAACCUUGCACCUUUGAACCUCAUCAUAUGCCUCAUCGCUUGCUACUUCAACCAGACAGACUUGGCAGACAAGUGAAGAAACAAGAAAGGCUGCAUCUAAGACGCCAACACACUAGAAACAUUGCCAACAUCCAUCAUGUUUUAAUAAUAUUCGUUUAAUAAUAAAUAUGAAUGAAAAUGUUUCUACAUUACUACAGAUCGUACAAAACCUUAAAUGUACAAUACAAUAAUAAAACACAUGCUUGGUCAUGUUUUUGCCACAAGG